AUGUCUGAACAUGUUGGAGAAAUCGGAAAACCCCCAGUCGAAAUUGUUCCUGAAGAAAUAAACGAAAUUCAAGCAGGCCUUGAAGAUACGACUGAUAGAGCCUCUGGUCCCGAACUCAUUGCGCCCUUACCUCAAGAUGGAGAGCCAGGCGACGUGUCAAUGAAUGGCCGAAGGAAUACAGAAGACAUUGUAUCUUCGGUAACGCAAGUCCUUUCAGACGCACCGAACCCUCUUGCAGCGCAAACCGAAGUCUUCCCGACCACUGCCGAGAAAAAAGAGGUUUCGGCGAUGGGGGAACAGAAUGACACGAACAAGGCAUCGAAAACCGGGGGUUCCACAAGAAAGAACAUCGAUGAUAUGCCGCGAGAGAUCUCCGACAGGAUUUUGCAGGAGAUUCGUCGUCCGAGCGACUUAGCCUCUCUUUGUCUUACAUCCAAAAAGAUGAAAUCGCUGGCCGCACCGAGGUUGUAUAAAAAUAUAGAGCUAAGAGUAACACAGGGGACAAUGUUUACACCACGAUUGUUACAUUGCCUUAUAAUCCCCGAGCAACGCAAUCUAGUCCAUUGUAGAAAGAUCAAUAUCUACGGCGAAUUUAAGCGGGAAAUCGUCGAAGACUACGAACGAACCAACUCAGCUACCGAACACAUGUAUGGCAUGUGUUUGCUUCUUCGAGACGUUCUAAGAAAAAUACCACGAGACCAACUUCAAGGAUUUCUGUGGUACCCCGAUGCAUCGCCACAUUCCAUGAUCUUGGAACAUCUCCGAAGGUAUCAGACAAAAAUUGAAGAUGUUCGAAUUUUCAUGCCCCUCUUCAACCCAGAUUAUCGAACGCUUCUAAAUAUUGGUGACUGUGCCGCGCUGUCCACUCUCCAUGUUGGAAAUAUCCGAACAGCUUCCCAUCUUAUUCAGGUCAAUAAGCUACUCGAGAAAUGUUCAAAAAUCAAUUCAUUACGUCUAGAAAUAGAGUCAUCGGUGGUGCUUCAGGAUCGUCAGAAUCUUCUUAUUCCAGAUAUCCUGAUGUUGCCGGACACAAAGCAUAAACCGUCAUACGUACGACUGGCCUAUUUCCCGAUUGCCGAGAUACCUCAAACACUCAACUCAUACAUCAGUCUGGACCACCUGACGAGUCUUGUAUUGAUAUCGUGUGAAAACGAUAAAGAGCUUCUUAGAGCGAUAGUAACCUCGGAUAAGAAGACUAAGCUUACCAUGUUUGAACUGGUCACAUCCACUCCAGAAGACAUUCCUGAGUUUUUGUCAAGCCUUCAGGGAACGUUGAAACACCUCCAUGUGUUCUUCAAAGAGAUGGACGCCGGUUUCAGCAACGAGUUUAUCGAUUCUAUCAUAUCUCACAAAAAUUCCCUGGAAACGUUGAUUCUUGAUGGCCGAUUUCAAACCACCAAUACAGCUGUUGCACCAAGUAAAGACCAUCUACGAUCGUUGAAGAAACUCGACCGUUUAGAAGAGUUGGCUUUUUCUCCAGAACACUACGGUACCGAAGCGGAGAUCCGAGCACUGCAUGCACUUCUGCCUUCCUCUCUUCGCGCUCUUAACUGCCGUAUUAAUUUCAAUGAUGAACUUGAUCUUCCACAUUGGGCCAACGGUUAUGCACUGAACUUCAUUACUGCUUGUAUAAAGUCAUAUUCUCGGCCACCAAACACAGACGAGUGGGGUGCUUCAUUUGGAAUUGGCGAAUUCGAUGAUUAUCCGGCAAUUACUAGUAAAGGGUUCAAUCCUAAGCAACUAGAAAUAUUUGCACUUGGUGACGGUUCGGACACGAAGCAAAUGAUCUACACGGUCGAAAUUGUCAAGGACCGGCAUAAUGCAGAAAGACCGCUGGCUGUUGAGAUUACAAGGGAUGAAGCUGAUUAUGUCUGUGAAAAACUCCCCCAAUUUCUCCAUUUUAGACAUUAUUAA